AUUAUCAGGAGGACUGUGGAUUACACCGUCUGUCUUCAGCCUCACAGCAGCGCAGUUAAAGCCAGUAAUCAUAAAGGCCCUGGCGCGUACAAAACCCCAGUUUGUUAAUACGAAGAGGUUCCUGUUUUUAUGGCAGCGGGAGUAGAACUGGCCAUGAAUCCGCCGCAUUUGACAGAGGAAAGGGCGGUUUUCACGCAGCUGAAGCCCGUGAGGAUGUCGGGAGCGGACGGCGCUGAGGACACGUCCGUGUUUGAGGACGUCAAACCGCCGAUUCAGCUAGAACUGGAUAAGUACCUUCCCCAGAUCAACAGCCCCCUGCUGACCACCUCCACAGACAUGGAAAAGAAGUACAGACGAGAGAGCGCGUCCGUGGUCGAUGAGUACUUCUCAGAGGACAAAACUCCCACCCCUUAUAGCCUCAACAUCAACCUCAUCCUCCCCAGCACCACCCACCUCCGCACAGGCCUCUACAGGCCCAGUAACCCCAAAACGCUGACGCCGCAGCAGAUCAAGACAGAACCGGGCCUGGAGGUUCCCUGCUCCCUCCCUGCCACCACCCAGGCGCUGCCAGACUUCACCUCAGUCUUCAGCGUGCCGCCGGUGGUCAACAACGUUUUCAUCAAGCCGGAUAUGAGCUCCACCGGUGGGGUGACGGUGUCCACUGCAGCUCAGCAGCAGCAGCAGCCGCAUUUAGACGCAGAGCUGCAGAUCGGGCCGCCGCCGCCGCAGCCGCAGGUCUACCACAUGCCCAUCGCCGGCUCAGACCUCAGCCUGCCACACAGCGGCGCGGCGGCGCAGGGCUCCGGCGGCGGCAGAACCAUGCUGAACCUCGGCGCCGCCGCUUUGCCAACAAACAACGGCGGCUACAUGAUGCACGCCGAGCACCAGCUGCAGCAGCAGCAGCAUCACGGCUACUACCAGGCAUCAACCCAGCCCACGGCGCCCCACAGCCUGCCGCCCUCACCACCGAACUCACAGCCAGGCAGUCCGGACGGCCAGCCAGAGCUGCUCACCCUGGGGACGCAGCCGCCACCUCCGUACCAGCAGCGCCUGGGGGGCCUGAAGGUGACGGGACUCUCUGCCCACGCACUUCUAAUGACGCACGGCCAGGGCGUUCUGACGGGGCCCAAAUACAACCGACGGAACAAUCCAGAACUGGAGAAGAGGCGAAUCCACUUCUGUGACUAUCAAGGUUGUACCAAAGUUUACACAAAGAGUUCCCAUCUGAAGGCUCACCAAAGGACACACACAGGCGAGAAACCGUACCGCUGCACGUGGGAGAACUGCGACUGGCGCUUUGCCCGAUCGGACGAGCUCACCCGGCACUACCGGAAGCACACCGGCGCCAAACCCUUCAAGUGCGUGGCCUGCAGCCGCUGCUUCUCCCGCUCGGACCACCUGGCUCUGCACAUGAAACGCCACCAGAACUAGAACCUAGCUGCCUGUGGAUCCAAACCAAAACAGUCAAAUAAAGAGAGCAGUAUCCACAUAUCGCAGCCACUUGUCUGGACUCUGGUACCUCUUGACUCAAACACUCCAAAGAAAACCUAGGGGUGCACUAAAGGACCUGAUUUUAACAUACAGGUUAAUCAUUUUGUAGAUUGAUCUUUCCUGAAGAUCGCUUCCAGGUUUCAAGAAUGGACUCCAAAACUCCUGAUUGUCUUGGGAAUCUUAUUUUUCUUUCCCCUACAAAAUGACUGUUUUUAUCUUCCAGCUCUCUGAGGUAUGAACUUUCAACGAGACAUGUCCUGCCUGUGUACAUACAUGUGCAUAUGUCUGUGUGCGUGCGUGUGUCUGUGUUUUUGAGAAUACAGCGAAUGUAUUGAGCAUUAUACUUGAUGACUUUUCUUUUUCACUGAACGCGAUCCUGAGUAAUAUUCUGUGUUUUGUGACUUCCUUGUGAUAAAAAUAAAAACCUCCAGCUGAGGGCCUGAAUGGGGAAAAGAGGCAAAAAAAGAGAAAGAAAGAACCAGCAGAUGAGAUGACGCAGCCCUCCAUGGAGGGGUUAAUCAUAAGCUCGUUAGGCCUGUUGCAGCUCAGGUAAUUCCUGUCGAACCCACUGUUUGUAUCCUUCAUCCCUGUUGUCACGGCGACUGGAAUAUCACCAGAUUUUCUUUUGCAA